AUGGCUCACUCCUCUAACAUGUAUUUUGGUGUAAGUGCUGAAUUAAGUCGGUUGUAUAUAGAUACAUCUUACGAAGAACUCAGAAAGGGAUGUCAAAUUGUGAAAAUCUCAAAUGAAACUUUCACGUGUCCUUAUUGCCCUGAGAGAAAACAGGAUUAUAAAUACAAUGAACUCCUUAAUCAUGCUCUUGGGGUGGGUCGGAGUAGUUCACAAAAGAGAAGUGCUAAAGAGAAGGCUAAUCAUCUGGCUUUAGUGAAAUAUUUGGAAAAAGAUCUCAUGAGUAUGGAUGACGCAUCAAAACCUGUAGGUAAAGGUACCAAAUCUGUAAUUGCUCACUGCUCUAAUAAGGAUACUGAUAUAAUAGGUGCAUCUCAAAUAAGUUGGUGGUAUGUAGAUACAUCUUAUGAAGAACUCAAAAAGGGAAGUCACAAUAUGAAAACCUCAGAUGGAGCAUUCAUGUGUCCGUACUGCCCUAAGCGAAAACAAGCUUAUGUGCACAGGGAACUCCUUGAACAUGCUUUAAUGGUGGGUCGGAGUAGUUCAGAAAAGAGAAGUGCUAGAGAGAGGGCCAAUCAUCUUGCUUUAGUAAAAUAUUUGGAAAAGGAUCUUAUGAGUAUGGAUAGCACAUCAAAACCCAUAGAUAAAGGUACCAAAAUAUUAAGCCUAGGACAAACUGUAAAGGCUCACUGCUCUAACAAGCAUACUGAUAUAAGUACAUCUCAAAUAAGUUGGUGGUAUGUAGAUAAAUUUUAUAAAGAACUCAAAAAGGGAAUUCACUGUGUGAAAAUCUCAUAUGAGACUUUCACUUGUCCAUUCUGCCCAAAAAUGAGAAAACAGGCUUAUGUGUACAGAGAAAUCCUUGAACAUGCUUCCGGGGUGGGUCAAAGUAGUUCACAAAACAGAAGUGUCAGAGAGAAGGCUACUCAUCUGGCUUUAGUGAAAUAUUUGAAAAAGGAUCUUAUGAAUGUGGAUGGUCCACCAAAACCUGUAAAUGAAGGUGAUCCUCCAGGAACCAUAAUAUUAAACCUGGGAGAAGCUGUGAAGGGUCAUUGUUCUGACAAAGAUACCAAUACGAGUGCUGCUCAAAUAAAUGGGUGGUAUGUGGAUAGAUCAUAUGAAGAACUCAAAAGGGGAAGUCACAAUGUGAAAACCUCAGAUGAGACUUUCAUGUGCCCGUACUGCCCGAAGCGAAAACGAGAUUAUGUGUACAGGGAAAUUCUUGAACAUGCCUCUGGAGUGGGUCGGAGUAGCUCACAAAAGAGAAGUUCCAUCGAAAAGGCAAAUCAUCUGGCUUUAGAGAAAUAUUUGAAAAAGGAUCUUUUGUAUGUGAGUGGUCCGUCUAAAACUAUGGAUGGAGGCACCACAAUAUUUAGCCCACGAGAAACUGAAAGGAGUCGCUGCUCUCACAAGGAUACUAAUACAAUGGCAUCUCAAAUAAGUGGAUGGUAUGUAGACAAAUCUUAUGAAGAACUCAAAAAGGGAAAUCACAAUGUGAAAACCUCAGAAGAGACUUUCAUGUGUCCGUACUGCCCUAAUAAAAAGAGAAAACAUGAUUAUGUGUACAGGGAAAUCCUUGAACAUGCUUCCGGGGUGGGUCUGAGUAGCUCACAAAAGAGAAGUGCCGUCGAAAAGGCCAAUCAUCUAGCUUUAGUAAAAUAUUUGGAAAAGGAUCUUAUGAAUUUGGAUGAUGCAUCGAAACCUGCAGAUGAAGGCAGUCCUCCUGCCAAUUCUGAUGAGCAAUUUGUGUGGCCAUGGACUGGGAUUGUGGUUAAUAUUCCCACUGGACAGACUGAAGAUGGACUUUAUUUUGGGAAAAGUGGUUCCAAGCUGAGGGAUGAAUUCCGAAGCAGGGGUUUUAAUCCACAUAGAGUCCGCACUCUUCGGAGUUUAUGGGGUCACUCCGGAACUGCAAUUGUGGAAUUCAAUAAAAAUUGGUUAGGCUUAGAUAAUGCAUUGGCAUUUGAAAGAGCAUAUGAAUUAGAUCAUCAUGGGAGAAAAGACUGGUUUGCUAAUACUGAGCAGAAGUCUGGUCUUUAUGCAUGGGUUGCCCGAGCUGAUGACUACAAGAUGAACAAUAUCAUUGGGGAAAAAUUGCAGAAGAUGGGGGAUGUCAAAACAAUACUUGAACUUAUGGAAGAAGAAGAUCAAAUGCAUGCUAAACUUGUGUCCAGUUUGAAUAACAUUCUUCUGGUCAAGAACAAGCAAUUAAAGGAGCUGGAAGGAAGACACCCAGAGACUACUCUUCGCAUGGACAUUGUAAAGGAGGAAAUAGAUAAGCUCACUCAAGCUCACAGUCAAGAGAUGAAGGAAAUACAGUCAAGUGCAAUUCAAUACGUUCAGAGAAUUUCUAAAGGUCAUGACAGGAUAAUGUUGCAAUUGGAAUCUCAGAAUAGAGAACUUGAGUUGCAGAGAAUUGAACUGGAAAAACGUGAGGCACAUAAUGAAAGUGAAAGAAAAAAGUUAGAAGAAGAGAUGAAGAAGAGUACGAUGAAAAAUAGCUCUCUAGAAAUGGCUGUACUGGAGCGACAGAAAGCUGAUGAAAAUGUUUUGAAUGUGGCUGCAGUUCAAAAGCGGCAAAAAGAACAACUCCAUGCUCAAAUCAUCCUGCUUGAAAAACAACUAGAAGUGAAACAAAAACUGGAAUUGGAGAUUCAACAACUGAAAGGAAAAUUAAAUGUCAUGAAGCACUUGGAAGAUGAUUCAGAAAUUCUGAAUAUGGUGGAUGUUUUACAUAAGAAUUUAAGAGAAAAGGAACAAUUACUUCAAGAAUUAGAUGCGUUGAACCAAACACUGAUCAUUAAAGAACGUAAGAGCAACAAUGAGCUGCAGGAAGCUCGAAAAGAAUUGAUUAAUGGCAUUAAAGAGAUAUCUAGUCGUGCCAAUAUUGGUGUGAAGAGAAUGGGGGAACUUGAUACUAGACCAUUCCUUCAAGCUAUGAAGAAAAAAUAUAAUGAGGAGGAGGCAGAAGAUAGAGCUUCGGAGUUGUGUUCAUUGUGGGAAGAGUAUCUCAAGGACCCAGACUGGCAUCCAUUUAAAAUUAUCGUAAUUGAAGGAGAACAUCAGGAAAUCAUAGAUGAUGAAGAUGAAAAGCUGAAAGAACUGAAAAACGAGAUGGGUGAAGAAGUUUACAAAGCAGUGGUAGCAGCAUUGACAGAGAUAAAUGAACAUAAUCCAAGUGGGCGGUAUACAACUUCAGAAUUAUGGAAUUAUGAAGAGGGAAAGAGAGCAACUUUGCGAGAAGGAGUACAAUUUUUAUUGAAGCAAUGGAAACUGCAUAAACAUAGAAGGGGAAUGAUGUGA